UAUGAAAAUUGUAGGAUUCACCAAAUUGUGUCUAUUGCAGACACAAUUUAGAAAACAGAACCAUGGCUUUAAGUUUAAAAAUUGGCCACAGGCUUAGCCUGGGCUGGUCUUGCAGGUGGACUAACCAAUGCUGCUUGUUUUUGGAUUUCUCAACUUACCACAACACAUCACGACUAUACAGCCGUGAUUAUCGCAGGCCAGGUUUGCCUCCAGAUAACACCCCUCCAUGGAAGAAAAUAAACUUUAACUUUGAGAAAGGAGUUGCAGGAGUAAAAAAACAUUUUGGUUUACUGAAGAAGGAGAUUGUUGAGAAAUGGACAGGACCUGGUAUGAGGUCUCUUAGGGAGGAGAUCCUGGAGCAGACUAGAGUGAUAUGGGAAUUCAGAAGUUCUCAGGAUUUAGAACAUUGGGUGAUAUCUUCAGAUCAAGAAGUGGGGGGGAAAAGCAAAGUUUUUCUGAAGCUCGGAAAGAACAACCAGACGGCUCUUUUUUAUGGGACCCUUAAUACUGAAGUGCCUCGUGAUGGGGAAACAAGAUACAGUGGAUAUUGCACCAUGAGGUCCAAACUUCCAAUGGGUGCAUUUGAUCGUAAGCUUAAUUACGACUGGUCAAACUUCAACACACUCUAUUUACGAGUUCGUGGUGAUGGGCGCCCUUGGAUGGUGAAUGUCCAGUCAGAGACUUAUUUCAGCCAUCAAAAAGAUGACUUGUACAAUUAUUUUUUGUACACAAGAGGAGGCCCUUAUUGGCAGGAUGUAAAGAUUCCAUUCUCCAAGUUCUUUUUAUCAAGUCGUGGGAGGAUUCAAGACAAUCAACACCAGUUAUUGCUUGAUAAGAUUACUACAGUGGGAUUUACAUUAGGUGAUAAGGCAAAUGGACCUUUUCAGCUGGAAAUUGAUUGCAUUGGAUUGUGUAAUGACCGAGCACAUACAGAAGAGUUUGCCUAUGAGAAAUACAAACGGAAUCCUUAAGACUUUUUUACACAGUGGAAUAAAGACAUUUAUAAGACUUCUAAUAUAUAUCAAUAUCGCAUUAUGCAUUCAAAAAAGACAGUGAUUGAAUAUAAUACAACACUGGACUGAACAUUUUGAGAUCACUCUAUGAAAUAAAAAAUAAAAUAUUU